UAUAAACCUGAUAGGUUUACACUGCUUUUCAAAGACUUUUGGAAUCCACGCAUCUCUCCUCUGAAACUUGUUUUUCUUCCAGGAAAAAAGGAAAUAUUAACUGGGUUAUUUUUCUCCCCGUUUGCGUUUGUUUUCGUCUCUAGAAGCUGCGAGGAGCUACAAAAUCAGCAGGAGGACUUUUUCUUUUUCUUUUUUCCUAAUCUUCGCGGAUUUUUAACGGAUCACCAUGCCUCUGUCGUUUAUGGUAAGAAGCAAAAAGUUCACUUCCUACAGGCAAAAAAAUUUCGAUGAAGAUGACUCGGAGGCCUCCGCAACAUCUGAAAUCCCAGCAGCCGUUCAGACCACAGACAUUUCAGACAGGCCUAAGUCAGAGGGGCAAUCUUCCCCUGAAGCCCCCCGCUUACUUACUAAGGAGGAACCGGAGCUUGAAUGUCCCUUACCGCUUCACCCAGAGCCAAGCAGACCUCUCAUGACUCAGACACAGCCGUACUACCUGCCAGAGCCUCACUUGGCUGACUUCCAACCUUAUGCCUGGGAGACAUUGUCUCCUUCCUACAAGCUCCGUCAGAUGAGUUUCAGCCCCACAGUGCUGCAGCAUGCCAGUAACCUGUACAGCACCAACAUCAACCGUAGUCCUCAGCCUCAGCAGCCUCUAGACUGCAGCACUCACUACUCGCCUUCUUCGAACACCUAUCACUGUAUCACCUGUGACAAGGUAUUUUCAACUUCCCAUGGACUGGAGGUUCAUGUCAGAAGGUCUCACAGUGGAAUGAGGCCGUUUGGCUGCAGCAUCUGCAGAAAAACAUUUGGUCAUGCUGUCAGCCUGGAGCAGCACAUGAACGUCCACUCUCAGGAAAAAAGUUUCGAGUGCAAGAUGUGCGGCAAAUCCUUCAAGCGUUCAUCCACGCUCUCGACACACCUGCUUAUCCACUCCGACACCAGGCCUUACCCCUGCCAGUACUGUGGCAAGAGAUUUCAUCAGAAAUCUGAUAUGAAAAAGCACACCUACAUACACACUGGUGAAAAACCUCACAAAUGCCAAGUUUGUGGCAAAGCUUUCAGCCAAAGCUCCAACCUGAUCACACACAGCCGGAAACACACAGGAUUUAAGCCCUUCGGGUGUGACAUUUGUUCAAAGGGCUUCCAACGCAAGGUUGAUCUGCGCAGGCACCACGAGAGCCAGCAUGGCAUAAACUGAAGAGGAAGUGUUUUCUUUCUUGUUGUUGUUGUUGUUUUUUAACCUGUGUGAUAAAUAAUAUUUAACAAUAUGCUGAUUCUGGGGGAAGCUGUAGCUCAACUGGUAAAGCAUUUUCUUAACAUAUCACAAGGUUGAGGGCUCAGCCUUUGACCCCUUCAAAUGCUGAGGUGUCCUUGGGGAAGAUCCUCUUGGCCUACAAACAUCUUGCACGGCAGCUGUGUGUGACUGUGAAUGGGCACAUGAGAAACACAUUAUGAAGUGCUCAGUAGAACCCAGUUAAGGUUAAAAGGCACUAUGUAAGUUACAUUGAAAGAAAUCUUUCAAGAUAUGAAUGAAUGUUUAUUCUGAUGCACUUUUCAUUGUGUUGUUGCAGUGUUACAAUGUUCCAUUGCUUAGAGUCCAAUAAAUAUUGAAGCAAUCUCAAAUGUCUGUGGUUGUUGUUUUUGAAUGAGGCAAAAUAUAAUACUUGGUCCUUUGUCACCCCACGGUAAAAUACACACAUAGUGUGAUGAACAUUGUAAACAGACUUUCCCUUCCUGACUGGUUUAUUCUGCUUUUCAUAGUUAGAAACACAUUCAGGAUGAAACUGUGACUCAGGCCCCAGGUGGAAAUCUCUCGCAAGACUAGAUAUAGUGUGUAGUGGAGUUAUCCUGCAUUCAAAUAACACCCAGAACAUUAUGCAAAUCCAAGCGCAGGGAGCCAUUCGUUCCAGAGAGUCGACUAGAAAGCAGCUAAAGGAAAGUUAGAAGCAAAUACAUCGUCCAGUUUUUAUGUUCAAGAGCAAAAAGGAGCUCUGUAAUCUCAGUAAAAAUCAGAAUAACACAAACCGUCUGCCCCGCCAUACUGUAUGUUU